UAAUAACGAGAUGCUCGGUAGCAAGACGCCAGCUAGACAUUAGCGACGCGCCCGUGAAACUUGUAUAAGGGUAUCGGCGUCUAUUAGUGACCACGCGAAUCCUCCCUCUCUAAAUUUACAAUAAUUAAAAACCAAUAAAUCAGUACAAGUGCGACGAAUUUUCAUUCUGCACAAAAGAAUUUUUUCAACGUGCAUUAUAUUAUAACCUGUCAGGAUUACAUCAACGAGUCAGCCUGCUGUCCACAAGGCUUACACGCAGAUUAAUUUGACGGGAAAUUUAAAUUUGAAUCUAUAACUUACACAAUCUCUAAAAACAUGCCAGCAAGAUUUGAAAGUGUUAAUGCUCCGAUCGUUCGCGAUCCAAUCAUUCCAAAUGGCGCAGCAUAUUCAAUUGAUGAUGAUAUUGUCAUUUCAGGAUUUUCUGGUCGCCUUCCUGAGUCAUCAAAUAUUGAGGAAUUCAAACAGAAACUUUUCGAUGGAAUCGAUCUAGUAACAGACGAUGAACGCCGUUGGCCUUCUGGUCUUCAUGGUCUACCAACCAGAACUGGAAAACUUAAAGAUCUUGCAUCUUUUGAUGCAACAUUUUUUGGUGUUCACGCUAAACAAGCACACGUUAUGGAUCCACAACUUAGAAUGCUCCUUGAAUUGACACACGAGGCUAUUAUAGACGCAGGAAUAAAUCCUUCCGAAAUUAGAGGAUCAAAAACUGGAGUUUUCAUCGGCGUUUCUGAUUCGGAAUCAGACGAAUUCUGGACUGCGGACCCAGACAUGGUUAAUGGUUACGGUUUGACAGGAUGUUGUCGAGCAAUGUUCCCCAAUAGGAUAUCGUACACAUUUGACUUGUCAGGACCAAGUUUUGCCGUUGACACAGCAUGUUCAUCAUCACUCUAUGCAAUGCAUCAAGCAAUAUCGGCAAUGCGAACUGGUCAAUGUGAUGCAGCAAUUGUGGGAGGUGUAAAUCUCGUUCUUAAACCCACAAGUUCCCUACAAUUUCACAGACUAAAUAUGUUAUCAAUGGAUGGCGCAUGUAAAGCAUUCGAUGCCUCAGGCAAUGGUUACGUGAGAUCUGAAGCUGCCGUCGUUAUAUUCCUUCAAAAAGCUCGUAAUUCAAGACGUGUUUAUGCAACUGUUGUUAACUCCAAGACAAAUACAGAUGGCAAUAAAGUUGAAGGAAUCACAUUUCCCAGUGGUGCAAUGCAAAAUAAAUUAAUGCGCGAAGUUUAUGAUGAGGCGGGUGUCGAUCCAAUUGAUGUUGUUUAUGUUGAGGCACACGGUACAGGUACAAAAGUUGGCGAUCCACAAGAAGUAAAUUCAAUUGCCGACCUGUUUUGUAAAGACAGGAAAAAACCAUUACUCAUUGGAUCAAUAAAAUCAAAUAUGGGACACUCGGAACCGGCGAGUGGAUUAUGUUCAAUUGCAAAAAUACUAAUAGCAAUGGAGGCUGGCGUUAUACCGGGAAAUUUACAUUUUAAAACACCAAAUAAAGAUAUUCCAGCAUUGUCCGAUGGACGUUUACAGGUCGUUGAUCGAUCUUUACCUUGGAAUGGUGGCCUUGUGGCUAUUAAUUCAUUUGGUUUUGGCGGUGCAAAUGCUCAUGUUGUUUUACGAAGUAAUCCAAAACCAAAAAUUGCUCCUGUUUUAGAUGUGAAUUUACCGAAAAUUGUUCCCAUCUCGGGAAGAACUGAGGAUGCUGUCAAUGUAUUUUUAGAUAAAAUCAAAGAACACGAGAAAGACGAUGAAUUCACAUCAUUGGUACAAGAUUUACAUUCGAGUAAUAUUCAAGGACAUGGUUAUCGUGGUUUUCAAAUACUUGGCGAUGUUAAUGCAAGGGAAAUUGAACAAGUUAGCUCAGAGAAAAGGCCAAUUUGGUAUAUUUUCUCAGGAAUGGGAUCACAAUGGUCGGGAAUGGGUAGAGCGCUAUUUUGUAUUGAUACAUUCCAAUCGGCAAUUCGACGAUGUGCAGAAGCAUUAAAAUCCGAGGGUAUUGAUUUGAUAAAUCUUAUUUUAAAUGGAACUGACGAAACAUUUCAAAAUGUUGUCAAUAGUUUUGUAUCGAUUGCGGCAAUUCAAGUUGGUUUAGUUGAUGUUUUGAAUUUAAUUGGCAUUCAUCCUGAUGGUAUUGUUGGUCAUUCAAUUGGUGAACUUGGCUGUGGUUAUGCUGAUGGAACAAUGACACCGGAACAAACUGUACUUGCUGCAUAUUGGAGAGGUAAAACAAUUUUAGAUGGUAAUUUACCACCAGGUGCAAUGGCUGCCGUUGGUCUCAGUUGGGAAGAGACGCAAAAAAGAUGCCCACCGGAAAUUGCAUUAGCAUGUCACAAUGCCGCAGAUUCUGUAUCAAUAUCAGGUCCACCUGAAUCAGUGGCUAAUUUUGUUAAACAAUUGAAAAGUGAUGAUAUUUUUGCACGACAAGUACUCAGUUCGGGUUGUGCUUUUCAUAGUAAAUAUAUUGCAUCAGUUGGACCAAGAUUACGAACGAUGCUUGAGAAAAUAAUUCCCAAUCCAAAGCAAAGAAGUUCAAAAUGGAUUUCGAGUUCUAUUCCUGAAACAGCGUGGAAUACAUCAUUGGCACAACUUAGUUCGCCGGCUUAUUAUGUCAAUAAUCUUCUUUCACCGGUUUUGUUCCAUGAAGCACUUGCUCAUGUGCCGGAAAAUGCAAUUGUCAUUGAAGUUGCACCACAUUGUUUAUUGCAGGCAAUUCUUCGUCGUUCAUUACCAACAGUGACAAAUAUCAGUCUACAUAAACGUGAUCACAGUGAUAAUCUCGCAUUUUUAUUGACAAAUAUUGGUAAGCUCUAUAAUGCUGGUGCACAACCAAUUCUCUCAAAACUCUAUCCACCUGUAACAUAUCCCGUUGGACGUGGUACGCCAAUGAUUAAUUCAAUGAUUCAAUGGGAUCAUUCUGUACAAUGGAGUGUUGCUGAUUUUUCUGGUAAAUCCGGUCAUUCUGGACAGAGUGUCGUUGAAUUUGAUUUAUCUAAAGAAAGUGAUUCAUUUAUUUCCGGUCAUUGUAUAGAUGGAAGAAUUCUUUUCCCAGCCACUGGUUAUUUGACAAUUGUUUGGAAGACAUUUGCAAAAUUACGCGGUUCUUCAUUUGAAAAAACACCAGUUAUUUUUGAGGAUGUACAAUUUUUACGUGCAACAAUUAUGCCAAAGGAAGGUUCAGUGAAAUUUGUCAUCAAUAUUUUUGAAGGUACAGGAGGUUUUGAAAUAUCAGAAAGUGGUUCAACAACAGUGACUGGUAAAAUUCGUAUUUCGGAUGAUAUUGACAAGGAACAACUUAAUUUAGAAAUUCCAGAAAUUACAACAAAUGAAAUUGAUUUACUUGAAUUAAAAACAAAUGAUGUUUAUAAAGAUCUUCGACUUCGUGGUUAUGAUUACAGUGGUAUUUUCCAAGGUAUCAAAUCAUCUGAUAAUCGUGCAAUUGCCGGUAAUCUCGCUUGGAAUAAUGAUUGGAUUUCCUAUAUGGAUACAAUGCUUCAAUUUGCCAUAUUGAGUAAAAAUACAAGGGAUCUAUUUUUACCAACACGUUUACAAUAUGCGGCAAUUAAUCCCGAACGACAUAUGCAAAUUGUUGAGAAAUUACAGGAGAAUGAAAAUAUUCCAGUUUAUAAUUAUGACAAUGUGGGUAUUGUUAAAUCAGGUGGUGUUGAAUUACGUGGAAUGAAAUCGUCAAUAGCACCAAGAAGACAACAAACACAAGCUGAUCCAAAACUUGAGAAAUAUUCAUUUAUUCCAUAUUUGAAUACACAAGCACUUGUUGAAGAUCCAGAAAAAUCGAAAUUACACGCACUCACAUCACUUCUUCAGGUGGUGAGGGAAAAUAUUGGUGGAAUUAAAAUAAAAGCUGUUGAAAUAACCGCUGAACGUAAUCCUGAAGCACUAUUAACACCGCUUGCACUUGAUAUUUUACUCAGUGAACCAAUGCUUGCUGUUGAUUUAAAAUUGGCGACAACAUUACCCGAUAAUUAUAUUUCAAUUAUGGAACAAUGUAAUAUUAAGAGUACAAUUGUUGAUGUUUAUAAUUCAUCAGUUGGACAGGAUUUACAUCUUAUUAUCACAACUGACACAAUGAAUAGUCAAAUGGCAGGAGUUGUGAAAAAUUUGGAAGCAUCAUUAAAACCAGGUGGUUAUAUUUUAUCUGAGGAAGCAACAGAAAUUGACGAGAGUAUUUUAAAGGGAUCUAGUCUUAUUUUAAUUGGUAAGCAAGUUGUUCCUGGAAAGAAUUAUAUUCUUUUAAAGAAAAAAGAGGAGGAUUUGGAAUUGCCAUUGAUUAUUAAAGUGACAGAGAAGAAUUUCAAUUGGGUGAAUGAUUUGAAAUUGGCGGUUAAAAAAGCUGAAAGUGAAGGGCAAAAAGUAUUGAUAGUGAGUCAAGGUGAAGAAGUAUUAGGACUUGUGGGAUUAAUGACUUGUGUAAGACAAGAAGCUGGUGGAAUGAAUGUUCGUUAUUUCUUUAUUCAAGAUAUGAAUGCAUUGGCAUUUUCACUUGAUGAUGCAUUUUAUCGGAAACAAUUUGAUAAACAACUUAUGGCUAAUGUAUUGAAAGGAGGACAAUGGGGAUCGUAUCGUCAUUUGCGAUUGGAUAAACAAAGUGAUAUUCCAUCACUUCAUGUUGAGCAUGCUUAUAUUAAUGCUCUAGUGAGAGGUGAUUUGAGUAGUUUAAGAUGGAUUGAGGGUCCACUUUGUUAUUAUGAGCCGGAGAAAUUUGUUGGACAAGAAUUUUGUGAUGUCUACUAUGCUCCGCUUAAUUUCCGUGAUAUUAUGUUGGCAACUGGAAAAUUGCCACCAGAUGCAUUGCCUGGUGAUUUGGCGAGUCAGGAUUGUAUACUUGGUUUAGAAUUUGCUGGUAGAGAUUCAUCGGGACGUCGUGUAAUGGGAAUGGUUGCGGCACGUGGAUUGGCAACAACUUUAUUGGCUGAUCCUGGAUUUAUGUGGGAGGUGCCUGAUAAAUGGACAUUGGAGGAAGCAGCGACAAUUCCCGUUGUUUAUGCAACAAGUUAUUAUGCAUUGGUGGUGAGAGGAAGAUUAAGAGCUGGUGAAUCUGUAUUGAUUCAUGCUGGUAGCGGUGGUGUUGGUCAAGCGAGUAUUGCAAUUGCACUUCACGCUGGUUGUAAAGUAUUUACAACUGUGAGUUCAAAAGAAAAACGUGAAUUCUUGAAGAAAACAUUCCCACAAUUGACUGAUAAAAAUAUUGGUAAUUCUCGUGAUACGAGUUUUGAACAACUUGUACUCACUGAAACUUGUGGUAGAGGAGUUGAUAUUGUAUUGAAUUCAUUAUCGGAGGAGAAAUUACAAGCCAGUGUUAGAUGUUUGGCGAAAGAUGGACGAUUUUUGGAAAUUGGUAAAUUUGAUCUUUCGAAUAAUACAGCGUUGGGAAUGUCAUUCUUUUUGAAAAAUACAACAUUCCAUGGAAUUUUAUUGGACGCACUUUUUGAUACAAAUGGACCUGAGAAGAAAGAAGUUGUACGACUUGUCUAUGAGGGAAUUAAAAAUGGAGCAGUACGUCCUUUACCAGCUACAGUAUUCACUGAACAACAAAUAGAACAAGGUUUUCGAUUUAUGGCCGCUGGAAAGCAUAUUGGUAAAGUUUUGCUGAAAAUUCGUGAUGAGGAAUCUCAAAAAGUGACACGACCAGCUAUGAAGACUGUUGCUGCAAUUCCAAGAACAUAUAUGAAUCCUGAUAAAUCAUACGUUUUGGUUGGUGGUCUCGGUGGUUUUGGAUUGGAACUCGCUAAUUGGAUGAUAACAAGAGGAGCAAAGAAUAUUGUUCUUACAUCACGAUCUGGAAUAAGAACUGGUUAUCAAGCGCUUUGUAUUCGUAGAUGGCGAGAAAUGGGAAUUACAAUUAAAAUUUCAACAGUUGAUGUUACAACGGAAAUUGGAGCUGAUACACUUCUCAAGGAGGCAAAUAAACUUGCGCCAGUUGGAGGAAUAUUUAAUCUUGCCGCUGUACUUCGCGAUGCUUUAAUGGAGAAUCUUGAGGAGGAUCAUUUUAAGGUUGUCGCACUGCCAAAAGUGACUGGUACCAAGAAUUUGGAUGCGUCUUCAAAGAAAUAUUGUCCAGAAUUAGAUUUCUUUGUUUGUUUCUCGUCGGUGUCUUGUGGUAGAGGUAAUGUGGGACAAACGAAUUAUGGUCUCGCUAAUUCAGCCAUGGAAAGAAUUAUGGAACAGAGACAAGCUGUUGGUUUACCGGGUCUUGCCAUUCAAUGGGGAGCUAUUGGUGAUGUUGGACUCAUUUUAGAAACAAUGGGCAAUAAUGAAACUGAAGUUGGCGGAACUCUACCACAACGAAUGUCAAGCUGUUUAAUGACAAUGGAUUCAUUCCUUCAACAACCACAUCCCGUUCUAGCGUCAAUGGUCCUUGCCGAGAAACAAAAAGCUGGCGAUUCAUCGAAUCAAUUGAAUCUUCUCGAUGCAGUGGCUAAUAUAUUGGGUAUUAAAGAUGUAAAGACUGUCAAUAUGAAUAAUAGUCUCGCUGAUCUUGGAAUGGAUUCAUUAAUGGGAACGGAGAUUAAACAAACUCUGGAGAGAAACUAUGAUUUGGUUCUGUCCGCUCAAGAAAUUCGUGCACUAACUUUUGGCAAGUUAUUUGAAUUAUCUUCUGGAACAGCAGAAGCUAACGAAAUAGCUUCUCAAAGUACUGCUAAUUCUUCAUUGACCGAAACCGAUCCAGAUGAGUUCCUCUUCCAGUGUUCGGGUUCGGAAAUUGUACCGCCAAAAUCUCUUAUUCAACUUGAAUCGACUUCAGAAAAAGGUGAACCAAUAUUUGUUAUUCACGCUAUUGAAGGUGUUGUAUCAUCAUUGAAGAGUUUGGCUAGUGAACUUAAUCGACCAGUUUGGGGACUACAAUGUACCAAAGAUGCACCACUCGAUUCAAUAACCGAUUUGGCGACAUAUUAUAUUCAGGAAAUGAAGACAGUUAAAAAACUGGGUCCAUACAGUAUAAUAGGAUAUUCUUUUGGUGCUUGCGUUGCAUUUGAAAUGGCUUUACAAUUGGAAAAAGCAGGUGAAUCAGUUGAAUUGACACUUCUCGAUGGAUCACCUGAUUUUAUUAAAUUGCACAGUCAAACAAUUGGAAAACAAACGAAUCAAGUUAGUAAAGACCUCGCCUCAAAUGAUGGCUUUCAAAAAGCAAUUGCUUUCUUUUCAAGGCAACUUAAUUCCGACAUUAGUUUUAUAAAGGCAUAUGAAGUAUUAAGGGGAAGUAAAUCUGAGGAUGAAACUUUAAAUAAAAUGUUAGAGUUAAUAGGUAAUACGCCCUUCAAGUCAGAAGAUUUGAAAAUCGCUGGAAUUUUGUUCUAUAAGAAGCUGCGGGCAGCGAAUAUGUAUAAAUCAUCUAGUAAAUACAACGGACCUAUUACUCUGAUAAAGGCCAAAGACAACUUUGUUUCCUUAAAUAAUGACUACGGAUUAUCUGAGAUCUGCAGACAAACCGUGAGGAUUGAAGAGUUACCAGGAAACCAUAGGAGUAUCCUUUCAGGAGAGAGCGUAAAAAAGAUGGCAACACUUGUGAAAACAUAAAGACUACUUCUUCUAGGAUUCAAUAAUUAUCUUAGAAUAAGUAAUUACCAUAGUUGAUGGAAUGCGAAUUUUUUUAACGUUAAUACUCUCCUGAAACGCUUGAAAUUAUAAAUGAGUGUUUCUUUAUUAAUUUUUCUUAAUGUUAAAUUGACAAAUUUUUAAUAGUAACAUUCACGGAUAAAUUCAAGCGUGCCCGAAGCAUCUUUUGUACAAAAUCUCUUCCCAGGAAUCUAUUUAUCAUUCCAAUUCUGACUUUUUAUGAGGCUUUAUUAUAUAUUAUAUGAAUAGUUUUUUUUUUCUUCGUCGCAGUUUUUAUUCCCUCAUGUGAAGAAUGAAUGUCGCGGAAAGUAUGUCAUACUGUUAAGUAAUUCCAAAAAAUAAAAAAAACGCGCAAUUGUAAAACGAAUAUAGUGAAUGAAUCGAAGUGAAAAAAAGAAGAAAUAAUUAUUAUCGCUUCUAUAUGAUUUUUAAAUGGUUUUACCAGUGGACAGGUGUCCAUUUUCAAAUUAUAUGGAAACAAUUUCCCUAAAGACUUGUAAUGAGUCAUAAAUACAAAUUUUUAUUUUAAUCUAGCUCUAAAAAAAACAAAACUUGUGACGUUUUAAUAACACGUGUCGUGAUUUGCCACUUAUGUAAAUUAGCAAAAAAAAAAAAAAAAAAAAAAAAAACAGUAAGAA